AUGCAUCUCACCUCCAUAUUUUGUAAGAAACGUACUAGCUCUAUUUUAGCAUUCCGUUUAUUGAACCAAGGUGCCAAUCCGUGUGAGAAUCUGCAAUGUGGACCAGGACAGGAAUGUGACAUAGACAGGUAUGGCAUUGCCACCUGUCAGUGCCCCGGAGCGUGCGAACCAGUCAUGAGACCCGUCUGUGGCACCGAUGAUAGAACCUACGAUAGCCAAUGCGAAUUGAGAAGACAAUCGUGCGUCAUGCAACAACCCGUUUCUAUGGAUUACAGAGGAGUGUGUGGUGAGGACGGUGCUUGUCAGAAGCACAUUUGCGAUUUUGGAGCCGUGUGUACAAUACAGUCGGGUCGAGCCGAGUGCGAGUGUCCUUCUUGUUCGGAAGAAUUUCAACCCGUGUGUGGCACCGAUGGCAUCUCUUAUACUAACGAAUGUAAACUAAGAAAAGAAGCGUGCGAACAAAGAAAGGAUAUUAAAAUUGCUUACAGCGGCUUGUGUAGUGGAUGUGAAAACAAACACUGCGAAUUCUAUGCAGUUUGUGAGAGUGGAGGUCAUGGAGAAGCCAAGUGUGUUUGUCCUCAUUCGUGCAUAAAGGUAGAAUCACACGUCUGUGGAACUGAUGGUGUUACUUACAAUAGUGAAUGCGAAAUGAGGGUUUCUGCUUGCAAAAAGAAACAAUAUGUCAUGGUAGCUUCCAAGGGAAUUUGCGACUUAUGUUUAAAUGUCCAUUGUAAAUACGGUGCCAGAUGCGAAAAUGGUCACUGCAUAUGUCCUACUGAAUGUCCAAAUUCCUACGAACCAGUCUGUGCCAACGAUAGCACCACAUACAACAACGAAUGCGAAAUGAAACGUGCAUCUUGCCAAAUAACUCAGGAACUCACUGCCCUAUUCUAUGGAGAAUGCGAAGAUGCUAGAGAAACGGAUGUAGACAUUUUAGGUCCUUCUAGCCAGAAAUGUGAUAAGGUUUGUCAGUUUGGAGGACUAUGCGAUUACGAUUCGGAUGGUCUGCCGUACUGUGCUUGUCAUUUCCAAUGCCCUUCUUUGAGAGAACCUAUCUGUGGUUCUGAUGGAAGAUUGUAUGACAACGACUGUAAACUAAGAGAGGAAGCGUGUAGACAACAGCACAAGAUAAUCCUUGUUUCGUUAGAAAAAUGCGGAGGUGACCACAAGGAAUAUUGUAUCUGUGCAGACGUCUUGACUGUGCCUUGCGAAGGAGAACCUCCUCUUCUUGAUCCUCUAACUGGUAAAGAGUAUUACUGUGGAGACGGUCCUGGCGGGAAAAGAUGUCCUCCUAAUAGUUUUUGUCACAAAUCAGCAAAUUUCGCGACCUGCUGCAGGGAAAUAAUUUCGAUAGAAAAUUGUGCAGAAACGACUUACGGCUGUUGUCCUGAUGGAAAAACUAUAGCUCAGGGUGUUCAAAAUGCUGGUUGUCCUAGUAUAUGUAAUUGCAACAGGCUGGGUUCUUAUGAUCAAAGUUGUGAUCCUGUAACUAAACAAUGCCCUUGCAAACCAGGAGUGGGUGGUCUUCGUUGUGAUAGAUGCGAGCCUGGAUUUUGGGGUCUUCAUAAGAUUGCAGAAGGAAGCACAGGAUGCAUUCCUUGCGAGUGCAGCCUCGAUGGAUCUGUCAGAGACGACUGCGAACAGAUGACAGGAAGGUGUGUCUGUAAACACGGUAUACAAGGCAUGAAGUGUGACGUGUGUCCAUUUAAAGAAACAGUACUAGGUCCCGAAGGAUGUUCGGAUGCAUCGGUAGCAGGACCAGUCACGGGUUCGUGCGCCCAAUUGAAAUGCUCUCAUGGGGCUACUUGUAGAGAAAAAGGAAACAGAGCCCAAUGCUUCUGCAAUUUCAAAUGUACAGCCGAAGAUAAUCGUAGUCCCGUUUGUGGUUCUGAUGGAAGUACCUAUGGGUCUGAAUGCCAAUUGAAAUUAUUCAGUUGUAGAUACCAGAAACCUAUUACAGUCAAGAACUUUGGUCCUUGUCAUUCAGACGGUGCCACAUCACCAACAGCGGGUCCAGUUCGGAGGUCCACCAUACAAAAAACUACAUCGGAGCAAUACGAAUCCAAAUCUACACGCGACAUUACUCUAAGUUUACCCGAAAAUUUGUUUUUAAGCACAGGACCAACCACAGCUCGUCCCAUCAUCGAUGAUACUCCAGUAGAAGUACCCGCUUUUUCUGGAACGUCUUUUUUAGAGUUUCAUCGUUUACAAGCUUACACUCGAUUGUCUUUAGAGCUGGAAUUUCGAACGUUUUCUAAUAAUGGCAUCCUCCUCUACAAUGGACAAACUUCGACUGGAGCUGGAGAUUUUGUAUCUUUAGCUAUUAAAGAUGGAUACGUUGAAUUCAGAUACAAUUUAGGAAGUGGCCCAGUUAUACUGAGAUCACCACAAAGGCUACAAGCGGGUCGUUUCCAUCGACUAGUUGCAAAAAGAUAUUUAAGAGAUGGGAUGCUAACACUAGAAGGUCAAGAAGACGUGGCAGGAAGGAGCGAAGGAGUGCUAAAAUCAUUGGAUCUUGGAGAAAAUCUAUUUUUAGGAUACGUCCCAACGGAUAACAAAGGUGUCUUCGAUAAUAUCGGAGUUAAAGGUGGUCUUAUCGGUUGCAUCAGAAGAUUAAGAGUUGGAAGAAAAGAAGUUAACCUUAAAUUUCCAGCAUCCAAGGAUGUCCUGAAAGGAAAAGGGAUAAGAGAAUGCCUGGAUAGUCCUUGCAAUGCCUUACCUUGUCAGCAUUCUGGCAAUUGCAUCACACAAACAGAAGACUCGUAUACUUGCCAUUGUCUACCAGAUUACACAGGAGAAAAUUGUGAAUAUCCUUUGGAUCCUUGCGCCAGUUCUCCAUGUGAUGAAGGAGCUACCUGUCAACAUGUAGGACAAUUAGAUUUUUCGUGUCUGUGUCCACUUGGAAGAAGUGGUAGUUUGUGCGAAAAUUACGAUGACGUAUUCGUUCCUGAUUUCGAUAGCCACGGAUUUCUAGAAUUACCCACUCUUCAGAACAUAGCCAAUUCAUUUACUUUAGAACUCUGGUUCCUUACCAGAGCACCCGAUGGUAUGUUAUUAUACAAUGGUCAACAGGCAUCAGGAAGGGGGGAUUUCGUCUCCCUCAAUAUAGUCAAUGGCCACAUCCAGUUUCGUUAUGACCUAGGAAGUGGAAUGGCGGAUAUAGGUUACGAAAGUCCAGUAACGCUCAAUGUUUGGCACGUGGUCAAAGCUACGAGGCUCAAAAGAAGUGGAACCUUACAAUUAGACGAUGGACCUGUUGUUUACGGAGAAUCUAAAGAGCCCCUCAACGAAUUAAACCUAGAUCAACCGCUAUUUUUGGGUGGAUAUCGUCAUCUUGCAGAUAUCAAUCCCGAAUCGGGAGUAGCAGUGGGUUUCAAUGGUGCUUUACAGAGGAUCGUCGUCAAUGGGGAGUUAUUAGAAGAUCUAAGAAAAAUAGCCAAAGAUUCUCGAGGUGUUAGUUCCUAUCGAGGACCCCCUUGCAGCGAAAAUCCUUGUUUAAACAGUGGAAUAUGCAAACCUCAAUUAAACGAUUAUCACUGCCAAUGCCCGAUACCUUAUGCAGGGAGGAAAUGCGAAAAGUACGUGGAACGAGGAGAGAUGGACCAGCCCGUUUUCUUUGAUGGAUCCACAUUUUUGGGCUUCCCUAGCAAACUAGCAAUCAGAGAGGAGGGAGAUGAACUAGAAGAUAACUGGUCGAAGGGCGAGACUCAGAAUCGUUUCGAAAUUCGUUUUCGAACGGACAGCCCAAAUGGUUUGUUACUGUGGACCAAUAAAGGAUCGACGAUUCGUGGAGAUUAUUUGGCAUUGGCUCUAGUCGAAGGUUACAUCGAACUGAGUUUUAAUUUAGGACAACAGAAACAACCCUUAAUUAUCCAAAAUCCAAUUAAAGUGAACGAUGACAAAUGGCACGUCGUGGUUGUAGACAGAAAUAAACGUCAAGGUGCUUUACAAGUCGAUAAUUCUGAACCGGUAAUUGGUACCUCGGAUGUUGGAGCCACCGAACUUAAUGCUGAUGGUAUUUUAUGGAUUGGAGGAGUACCAGAUUUACCGUCAGGUCUUCCCACGCCUUAUUAUAAAAAUUUUGUUGGAUGCAUUCAUUCAGUCAUAGUUGAUGGAGAGGGGCUGAGAUUGGCGAUGCAGGGUGGUAGCAAAAUAGAAUACUGCUCAGAAUCUUGACGGUUCCAUUUUUAGUUGACGUCCUAAGAUACAAGAUGGCUUCCAUCGAAUCACUACAGAAGUCGAGCCUUCUAUAAAAUGGCCUUUGUAACAUCGAAAGAGCGGCAAGGCAAAUACCGAGUCUAGACGUCUAACCGGUUUCGGCCGUCGGUCAUUUUUUUUACCACGGAGUUUAUAUUUUUAUUGGGUUUUUCUUUAUAGUGAACUUUUCAAUUUCUUUUUAAUAACUGCAGAAGCAUGACACUGGGCAAUAAAUAACUCCAAACAAUUAAAAAUAUUAAACUCUGUGUGAUUAUUUUAAUCUGAAUGUAUAAAAGAACAUUUUUAAAUAACGGAAUAGUAAUUACUCCAAAUGUGUUUUUUAAUUGUUUUGUUAGA